UCAUUUUCUUGCCUUUUCCAACAACAUUUUAAAGAUAUCCAUCCAUUUUAGUUGGUUCAUUAGUACAUUCUCUUGUUCAUAAAGUAUUUUUAUUUCAUUUCGUUAGAGGAAUUUUUUCUUAUUGUCGUUAGAAAUGUCUACUACAGCCAGAAGACGUCUCAUGAGAGACUUCAAGAGAAUGCAGCAAGAUCCUCCCGCAGGUGUUUCUGCAUCUCCCGUAUCUGACAACGUUAUGCUUUGGAAUGCUGUAAUUAUCGGUCCAGCAGAUACUCCCUUUGAAGACGGAACUUUUAAAUUGGUUUUGUCUUUUGACGAACAAUAUCCGAAUAAGCCGCCUUUAGUAAAGUUUGUUUCCACAAUGUUUCAUCCGAAUGUGUAUGCGAACGGUGAGCUUUGCCUGGAUAUCCUACAAAAUCGAUGGUCUCCGACGUAUGAUGUGGCGGCCAUUCUGACGUCUAUUCAAAGUCUACUGAAUGAUCCGAAUAACGCUUCCCCGGCGAAUGCUGAAGCAGCGCAGCUUCAUCGAGAAAAUAAGAAAGAGUACAUACGUCGCGUUCGGAAAACCGUAGAAGAUUCCUGGGAGAGCUAACUGCGGUGUUCGUUCUCCGUUGAUGCAUUCCCUCUAUCCUAGAAAUGAUUUUUAAAGACUUUGUCCUUGUUUCCUUGUAUUAGAUUAUUUUACCUCAUAAUUUUGGAAAUCCGCUGCUAAAUUAUUACCAUAUAUCUGAAUGUAUUAUAUUAUUUAGAGGUAAAUUUAUUUUGUCUGAGGAAUUCACACCAAGGUUUGUUAGUUUGUAG